UUCACUCAGUCCACAGCGGCCGCCUCACAGACGUCUCUCUCUCUCUCUCUCUCCCUCCCUUUUUAUGCCUUUUCUUAUUCCUUCUCUUUCUUCUUAUGCUUCCUUUUCCUCUCUUCUCUUGAAGCAUCUCUCUCUCUCUCUCUCUUACUCUCUCUUUCUUUCUAUCAUGGAGGACUUUUGCUUCUCUUCAGCUGAACACAACGACAUAUAUUUUCCAAUCCAUCCUUCUGCACCACCACCAUCUCUUUCACAUAUGUUAAGUUCUCACAACUUUCCAGUAGAUCUGCACCAAAAUCCAAGUGGGUUGUUAGGGUUAAUUAAGACGGAGGCUGCACCUGCUAGGAAUUUAGAUCCCAGCGCUUCACAAGGAGAAGCGGCCAGUACUGGAUCUGUGGAAGUCGAAGCCGCCGGACCAACACCGGAGAAGAAGAAGAAGGGUGAGAAGAAGGAGCGGAGGCCGAGGUACGCCUUCCAGACAAGAAGUCAAGUAGACAUACUGGACGAUGGCUAUCGGUGGAGGAAGUAUGGGCAAAAGGCAGUGAAGAAUAACAAGCAUCCUAGAAGCUAUUAUCGGUGCACCCACCAUGGCUGCAACGUGAAGAAACAAGUUCAGCGAUUAUCAAAGGAUGAAGGGGUCGUGGUCACAACUUACGAGGGCAUUCAUAUGCACCUAAUUGAGAAACCAAGAGACAACUUUGAGUCUAUCUUAAGCCAGAUGCAAGUUUUUGGCAACUUCUAAGAAUUUUGGCCGGCAUCGUCCUAAGCCCUCAUCUAUGUAUAAAUGGACGCACCUUAGAUAGAGCAUCCAUCCGUUGUGAUGCUUUUUCAGAAGAACGAUUGUGUCCCCGCAUGUGAUAUCAUCAAAUCCCAUAUGUUUCC